AUGGGUGUGCUCUCACAUUCCGCAGCACAUGACGCUUCUUGUGCUAAAACUUCCCGCAUCGGCUACGAAAAACACACUUACACACCCACGUUAACAUUCUCGGUUUUCAGUCCUAUGCAAGCCGUCAAUCCAACCAGUGCACACCACGAAGACGCAGUCCAUCCGAUUCUAACGGACGUGUCACCACCUGCUCGCUGCUCCCUACUGUCGCCUUAUGUAUCCACACCGUCUCAUCCUCUUCCAGUCCUUCUUUCUCAUCGUCCUCCAAGUCCCGAAUUCCUCAUUCUGCUACUGUUCCUCGUCUCCUGCACUCUCCUUCAUCAUCUCUUCCCUUUAUCCCGCUUUGGGAAAGUAGGAAGCGGAUUCUGUCAAAUGGAGGAAGUAUCUAUUAUGGUAAUGAAUGCACUUCAAAUGUUCCGCAUGGCCGAUUUGCUAUGGAUGCCUGAAGAUUCGAUGCUCAGGAACGGACUGCAUCCCAUCGAGGCCUCCAACCAGACUUCCAAUCACAUGUCUCUACCACCGAAAGAGGUCACGAGUACGCAGAAGGAGGAGUGGAAGGGAGCAGUCAUGGAUAACGGUUGGCGAGCAGGGGUCUGUGCUGUACGGUGGGAGAGGAGUCUAGAGGGACUGAAGGCCUCAAAUGAUGAGUUGGCUAAGGGUUCAGCUUUGCUCUCCACGAAUCAGCAGCAAGUGGAUUGGCAAGAAGCGGUGACAACGCAGAAAUCGCUGAAAGACUCCCCCACCCUCUUGGGGAGAGAUGGUGAAACUACUACUGCCUCUGCCCUAACACAAAGGCAUCUAUACAAUCAAUUCCGUAAGGGACACAGUAUGGAGGUGGGGGCAGAGGAUGAAUUUGUCAAAGUGGAGGAGUUGGUAUUUGCUUCGAGACAGAAACGUCGCCUCGCACAUCACCUUGACGAUGUCUGGGAUGAUGCUGUACGUGGGCGGAUUGCGGCGAAAACACGGAGGAUCAGUCGCGACAACAAUUGGUCCAACAUGGUGCCGUCACCGUAUCUAUUUGCGCUGGGCUGCACCACAGACGAGUUGGGCUACGGAUUUGUGACAUCCUGGAAGGUGGUGGACGUGAAGGCUCCUCUUGAGGCGCUAUCUCAUCAAGUGAGUGGAGAAACCAUCGUUGUGCAACCUGCAUUUUCUUUGACCACACUUGCUUGUCGUGUUACGAAAUUUGGGACGACAUCGCACCCCACCACAAACUUGGACAUUUCAUUACGUGAUUUCCUCACUCAUGCUUCCAUUCCUCCCCUCCUCGAUCCCUCAUCGUCUUUUGUGAAUAAAUGCCAGUGGAUUGAAAACGAGUUACUCAUUUUGACGGCCCACUUGGUGGUGUUGCCCUUCCUUCCAUCCUGUUGGUGCCUUUGUAAAAGUCAUCGUUGCACAACCAACUCACAUGUGCAACUCGCGGACGGGAUGUGCGAGAGUUGGAUCCAUUGCUUCGUCGCACCUCCUUGCGGUUGGGUGGCGGUGUGCGUGUCACGUCACAGAUUCAAUCCCGAUCUCGAAUGCUUGUGGCGUUUUGACCAGACAGUGCGACGGGUCGUCAAAGUCCAGCCAGUAGUUGCGCUGGUGAAGUUGUCUCGCCAUGGUCCAGACUAA